AAAGCAUUAGUACUGUACAACAAAUACAAUACAAUACAAUCCACAUUAGUCAUUACAGAGGUGAAAAGUUUGCAGGGUGAUAAAAAGGGGUGCAACAUUAACAAUGGAAAAAAAAGAAAAGCCCAGAAAAAUAAAAGGCCACAUUUAUCACCUUACUGACUGAGGAAGCAACAGAAAGAGAAAAAGAUAGAAUCUUUGAGGGAAAAAAAGGGAUUUUUAGAAAUGGGUUUUUGGUAAAGUACGGCUAAGUGAUAAGAUCAGGUUUUUUGGGUUUUUUAUUUUUUUACUGUAGUUAAUUAAUGGUGGUUUUCUUUGGGUGUAAAAUGGUGGUUUUUGGGGGAAAUGAGGGAUAGGGGUUUGCGUGUUUUGUUGUUAAUGCUACUUUUAAGUGUGUUUUAUUUGGAUCUGAGGGAUUAAUUGUUUUGGAGCUGGUGGGUUAAGAAAAUAUACGUUCUUAUAUAUGAAUUUGUGGGGGUUUUGUUGGUGAUAAUGAAGUUGAGGAUGAUGGCAAGGGAGGAGGGAUUAGUUUCAGUGGUGCUCUGGUUGAUCAUGGUUUUUCAUCCACUCAAGCUCAUUCUUGCUAACAUGGAAGGUGAUGCUUUGCAUAGCCUACGGACGAACUUACAAGAUCCCAACAAUGUAUUACAGAGUUGGGACCCUACUCUUGUUAAUCCAUGUACCUGGUUUCAUGUUACUUGCAAUAAUGAUAACAGUGUUAUAAGAGUAGAUCUGGGUAAUGCUGCUUUAUCUGGUCAACUAGUCCCACAGCUUGGUUUGCUGAAGAAUUUGCAGUAUUUGGAGCUCUAUAGCAAUAACAUUAGUGGACCAAUACCCAGUGAUCUUGGAAAUCUUACUAAUUUGGUGAGCUUGGAUCUCUAUCUGAAUAGUUUCAAUGGUCCAAUCCCAGACACAUUGGGAAAGCUAUCAAAAUUGCGAUUCCUGCGGCUCAACAACAACAGCUUGACAGGUCCCAUCCCGUUGUCAUUGACUAACAUAUCAUCGCUACAAGUCUUGGAUCUCUCUAACAAUCGUCUUUCUGGUGCUGUUCCAGAUAAUGGUUCCUUUUCCCUAUUUACACCAAUUAGUUUCGCUAAUAACUUGGAUCUAUGUGGCCCUGUUACUGGACGCCCUUGCCCAGGAUCUCCUCCAUUCUCUCCUCCGCCUCCGUUUGUCCCACCACCUCCAAUUGCUACUCCAGGAGGGAAUAGUGCUACUGGAGCUAUUGCUGGAGGAGUUGCAGCUGGGGCUGCUCUGCUGUUUGCUGCUCCUGCCAUUGCAUUUGCAUGGUGGCGUCGGCGAAAACCACAAGAAUAUUUCUUUGAUGUACCAGCUGAGGAGGAUCCUGAGGUGCAUCUAGGGCAGCUUAAAAGGUUCUCCCUGAGAGAAUUACAAGUUGCAACGGAUAGUUUUAGUAAUAAAAACAUUCUGGGUAGAGGUGGGUUUGGGAAGGUUUACAAGGGUCGACUUGCUGAUGGUUCCUUAGUGGCUGUUAAGCGACUAAAGGAGGAGCGAACACCAGGUGGAGAGCUGCAGUUUCAAACGGAAGUUGAGAUGAUCAGCAUGGCAGUGCAUAGGAAUCUCCUUCGACUGCGUGGUUUUUGUAUGACACCAACUGAACGGUUGCUUGUUUAUCCAUACAUGGCCAAUGGAAGUGUUGCAUCGUGUUUGAGGGAACGGCCACCAAAUGAACCACCCCUAAAUUGGUCAACCAGGAAGCGCAUUGCAUUGGGAUCUGCAAGAGGAUUGUCUUAUUUGCAUGAUCAUUGCGACCCAAAGAUUAUUCACCGUGAUGUCAAAGCUGCAAACAUUUUGUUAGAUGAAGAGUUUGAGGCUGUGGUUGGAGAUUUUGGCUUGGCUAAACUCAUGGAUUAUAAGGAUACCCAUGUUACAACUGCUGUACGUGGUACAAUUGGGCAUAUCGCUCCAGAGUACCUGUCUACCGGUAAAUCUUCUGAGAAAACUGAUGUCUUUGGGUACGGGAUCAUGCUUCUUGAGCUUAUCACCGGACAAAGGGCAUUUGAUCUUGCUCGCCUUGCAAAUGAUGAUGAUGUCAUGUUGCUUGAUUGGGUCAAGGGACUCCUAAAGGAGAAAAAAUUGGAAAUGCUGGUUGAUCCUGAUUUGCAGAACAAUUAUGUCGAGUCUGAAGUUGAGCAAUUAAUACAGGUUGCCUUGCUAUGCACUCAGGGCAAUCCAAUGGACCGGCCAAAAAUGUCGGAAGUGGUGAGAAUGCUUGAAGGUGACGGCUUGGCUGAAAGAUGGGAUGAGUGGCAAAAGGUAGAAGUUCUUCGUCAGGAGGUGGAACUGGCACCACCUCCAAACUCGGAUUGGAUUGUUGACUCAACAGAGAAUUUACAUGCAGUCGAACUGUCUGGUCCUAGGUGACCUUUUAUAGCCAAAUUCAAGAAAUGAAAAUUGUUAGGAGCUCUCCUUUUUUAAUUUUUUUCCUCCUUUUUUGGGGUAUAAUGUUUUCUUUUGUUCUGUUAUUUAUUAUGAUCAUGAAAUUAUUGACAUUCAGGCCGCAUGCAAGCCCAUUGUGAAAUGUAUUUCAAUUUGUGCAUAAGAAUGUGUAUUUGUAGGCAUUUUAGAAUCCAAAUCCUGAUGAAUUGCAGCACAUAGGCGCAGUUUUGUAAUUUACACUUUACAUGGUGAAGCUUUUGGUUCUUUC